CAACAAAGUACAAGUUUCAAUUAUCCCUCAAUAGUUCAAAGUUUGUCACCUAUCAGGAAAACAAUGCUGACAAGUUCCAUCACAACCUCCUACUGAUUUCAAGUUGACUGUGAGCUCUUCUAGCAGCAUUAUGGCUUCCUGGCAGUCACCACCAGUCUUUGCCAGACAUGGAAGGACCAUAACUGGGUUUAUACUGUUCUUCAAAAAGAAAAGUUCUGGCGUGCCAGCAACAAAGUUAAAUAUAACAGAUGGAUCAACAUUCAGUAGAAAUGUUACUGGGCUUGAUGAGUACACAGAAUAUGAAUUUCAAGUCCUGGCAUAUACCUCUGAUGGUAAUGGACCAAAGAGCCCUGUCGAGGUAGAGAGAACAAAGGAAGCUGCUCCAUCACAAGCCCCAAGCAGCUUCAGUGUGAGUGCAGUUACUUCUACAAUUAUUACAGCAUCCUGGCAGUUACCACCAGUAGGCUCCAGAAAUGGAAUAAUUAAAGGAUUCAAACUGUUCUACAAAAAGAGAGGCUCUAAGGUAUCAACAACUGUCUUGCCUAUAGACAAUGGAACUGCACUAAGUACAGAUGUCAGUGGGCUUGACAUUUACACAGAAUAUGAAUUUGAAGUGUUGGCCUUCACUUCAGCUGGUGAUGGACCAAAGAGUUCUCCUGUAGUGGUUGUGAGAACCAUGAAAGAUGGUUGUGUUGAGUUCAAUCUUGGAAUGGAAGAUGGAAGAAUUCCAGACAGUGGAAUAAGUGCUUCUCCUUCCAGCACACCUGCCAAGAAUGGCAGACUGAACUACACAUCAGGAUCAUCAUGGUGUGCAGGAACAAGUGCCACUAACCCAUAUCUACAGAUUGAUCUACAGACACUUCAUAUCAUAUGUGCUGUGUCUACUCAAGGGAAUUCUAAAGGAGAUCAGUGGGUUAAGACUUACAGACUACAAUUAUCCACAGAUGGGACAAAUUGGGCAGACUACAUGGAAGGUGGACAAGUCAAGCUUUUGAGAGGAAAUGAUGAUAGGAACUCAGACAUAAAGCAUGUUGUUUACGGAGUGUUGACAAGAUAUGUGCGAUUCCUGCCACAAACACACCAGGGUGGGGUGUGUAUGAGAACAGAGGUAUUUGGAGUGGAAAAAAAGCCAACUUGUGAUAGGAGUGCCAUAGGUUUGGAAAAUGGUGGUAAAAAUUCCAGACAGCAGCUUCAGCGCCUCAUCACAGUUUAAUGAAAGAUAUGCAGCAAAAAAUGGCAGACUGAAGAAGGAUAGAGCAUGGGCGUCCAAGAAUAACAAUAAUGUUGAU